AUGGCAACUUCAGUCGACGUCACAACGGUGCGACACGCUGCGUCGCACCAGUAACAACAAUAACAAGGUAAUAAGCAGGCCGGAGAAGUAAAGUGAAAAAAAAACCGCCAACAAUGGAGGAUAACCACCAUAUGGUAUUCUUUCUUUUAGCCAUGUGGCUUCAUAUUACUAGAAGAAGACAAGCUUUGUUCGAGAGUAGACUGCAGGCCGCGCGGAGAAACACUGCGGAGAAAAUGAGGAGACUUUUGGAUUUGAUGGAAGAAGAAACAUUUACAAGGAAAAGAAAGCGGCGGAAAAGGAUGCUGCCGAUGCUGCUAAAGAGCCGGCGCAGACCGAGCAUCUGGGCCGUCCGUCGCUCCAACGAGUGGUGGGACCAGGUGGUGCCGGGCUUCACGCGCACGGACUGGGUGCACCACUUCAGGAUGUCGGAAGAGACCUUCCUCCACAUCUGUGCCGAGCUGCGUCCCGCCAUGCAGAAGCGGGACACCAACUUCCGCGUGUGCGUCCCCGUGAAGAAGAGAGUGGCCAUCGCUCUGUGGAAGCUGGCCACAAACAGCGAGUUCAAGAGCAUCAGCCAUCUUUUUGGCGUCAGCAAGACGACAGUGUGCCGCUGCGUGCGGGAAUUCUGCUCGGCCGCGUGCGCGCUGUUGCUGCCGCAGCAGAUCCGCUUCCCCAACGCGGACGAGCUCCGAGAAAUGGCGGCCGGCGUGGAACAGAGCUGGGGGCUUCCGCGGUGCAUCGGCGCCAUCGACGCCGCCCACAUUCCCAUCAUAGCUCCUACGGAGAGGCACGGCGACUAUGUCAACGAGGGAGGCUGGCAUUCCAUCAUCCUCCAAGGCGUCGUGGACGGACGAGGGCGGUUUUGGAGCGCUUGCGUCGGCACAGCGGGGAGUUUGGACGAGGAAGAAGCGCUGAGGAUGUCGUCCUUGUGGCAGGUGGCCGAGCAAGGGACCUUUUCCCCGCCGUGCGCAAGGAACGGCGCCGGCGUGACCGCGGGCUACUACAUCCUGGGAGACGCCGCCUACCCGUCAAAGAGUUGGCUCCUGAGGCCGUUCCUCGACGACGAUGGGCAGCUGACGGCGGCGCAGCAGACGUACAACGAGAAGGUGUGUAAGGCGCAAACGAUGGCCACCGGCGCCUUCUCCCGACUGCGAGGCAGGUGGCGAUGCCUGACCAAGCGCAACGACAGCGACAUCGAAGUGGUGAAGUCCAUGGUGCUGACUUGCUGCGCGCUGCACAACCUGUGCGAGCGCCGCGAGGAGGAGUACCGCCAAGAAUGGGACGCUCACGUGACCGCGCCCGCUCCUGCGCGAACGCCGGCAAGCGACGACGAGGAAGAAGGCGAGGACGUACGUGUUGCUCUGAUGCGCUUUUUUAGCAACGCACCACUUUAAAAACAACAAACAUUGUUGGAAUACGUCAGUGGUUCUUAACCAUAGGGCCGGGGUCCAAAUCUCUGUUUCUGCAGGGAUACUCGGUUGUAAUACACCUUUCCACCACUUGUGGCAGUAAUGAAAAUAUCAAACAAACAGAAGAAGUUUCUUAAGCGCUAAAAUUAUGACUAAAGUGGUGAAGCUGUUUUCAUUCACACUUUAAUUAAGGAAACAUAUUUUUAUUACUAAUAUUAUUAUAUAGUUAGAAUUGAUUUAAUUUAGCAUUGCUUAAUUGUAUGUGAAUGUAUUAGUCAUCAGUUUUUAUUGUUAUUUUUUUCAAAAGUACAUUUAAUUAGUAUUAAUUCUUGAGCUAAGCUUUGAUAAUAAUCUUUGUGAUUAACACAUUCUUUAAAAUAAUCUGACAAGGUUUAUCUGUCAAACUGUAAGUAGGUUAGAUAUAAUUAUUGAAGGUUAAGAACCCCUGGAUUACGUAACCUCCUGAGAGCCAUUUUAUUGUGAUAUUGUCAACAAAACAACGCACAAAAUGGCCGACAGAUUACUGACUCAGCAUCAACGCGGGCCUGGGGUUGUUUUUGUUUUCAAAAAUAAGAUAAUAAUAUUGUGCUUUUGUCUUCUAUUGCCCCUUUUUGGUAUGACUCGGCCGGGGUUUGAACUCACAACCUACCGAUUUCAGGACGGACACUAAAAGACCAAAAGGGCUACCUAAAUAACUUUAAAUUAUUUUAACAAAUAUAUCAAUUUAAGGGCUUUUGUACUCUUAAUAAUUCUCCAGGGUUUGAUUGAUAGUUGUAAACCAUUAAGCCAAUUAGAAAAUGUAGGCCUUACAUUCAUAAAUUCCAAAGCUGAACUUGUAAUUAUGUGACGAAUAAAGA